AUGUCAUCUACGUUUAAAGAACUACAGCUUUACACUGAUAAAGAAGUUGAUAAUUGUUUACAAAGUGUUAUUACACCAUUAAAAGAACAUGUGUAUUUUCCCAGCGAUUCAUCUUCCGCAGGUCAUUUAUCGAUCGCCUUACCGAAUCUUUCUGUAUCCGAAACAUUAACGUGUAAUACGUGUCAGACACAGCUAACUGAUCGUGUUGAACAAACUGUACAUUAUAAAUCAGAUUGGCAUCGUUUUAACAUUAAACAAAAACUUCGUGGUCAAUCUAUUAUUUCAUCAGAAAAAUUUGAAGAUAUUGAAAAAGACUUAUCAAGUAUAUCCGGAAGUGGGUCAUCCAGCGAUACAGACGAAAAUUCUGAUUCAUAUCAUUCAUGCGCAAGAAAUAAUCCAAAAAUCAUUUUUACAUUGAGCGAUGGACGAUAUAUUUCCGUAUAUCGAUGCUUGUUACAUGGGAAAAAAAAUAUACCACAAGAAUCUGAACAAUUAGUACAGAAUGCCCAACAAUUACCAAGAAAAAUCUAUUGGGCAAUUAUUAUGUUAGCUGGAGGACAUUUUGCCGCUGCCUUAUUCGAACGAGAUAAAAUUAUUCAACAUAAAACAUUUCAUAAGUAUGUUGUUAGAGCUAAACAAGGAACAGCUCAGGCAUUACACGAUAACAAAGGUGGAAAAGCAAAAUCAGCUGGAGCCAAUUUACGUCGACAAAACAUGCUACAUUUAAAACAAAAAAUACACGAAUUGUUUACGACAUGGAAAGAAAAUAUUGCUAAAUGCAGUCAUGUAUUUAUUCGUGCACCUAGUUUUAAUCAUCAACUAAUAUUGGGUGAGAAAGAUGCUCCAUUUUCAAAUCACGAUCCAAGAAUACGCUCAAUUCCAUUUUCAACCUUUCGACCAACAUUUAACGAAAUUAAACGAGUGUAUAAUCAAUUAACACGUGUAGAAGUUUAUCCUCAAGAUUUUCAGUUUGAAAUAAUGCUGAAACAACAACCAGUGCCUGUUGAAGAAGAAAAAACGACGAAGUUUACUUUAUCAUCAUCGCGAAAUAAAAAUCAGAGUGAAAGUGACGAUAGUGAAGAUGAUGAUAUUGAAAAUACACCAAUUGUACAGCAGAAAAAAGAAGAAGCACGGGCAUGUCCGACUCGAAACGAUGCUCAAUUUAAACAAGUACCAAACAGUGAAAGAAAAACAUUACUUGCUGAUGAUCUAAAUACAUUUAAUGAAUUAUUUACAGCUGUUCGCUUAAAUGAUAUUCAACGAUUCGAAGAUCUUCUAUCACAUUUGAAAACUUUAAAAACAAUUCCAUCAUUGAAUAACAAAGUCACCUAUGAAGAUGUGUUAAAUUAUCAAACAGCUGGAAGUUUCGAUACUCUCGUUCAUAUUGCCUCUGAAAAAGGAUAUCAAAAAAUUGUUUGGAAACUAUUAUUAGAAGGAGCAAAUCCAUCGUAUAACAAUUGUCGUGGAAAAUAUCCGUACAAUCUAGCUAAAAAUAAAGAAACAAAAGAUACAUUUCGAAGAUUCAAACACGAUUAUCCUGAUAAAUAUGACUAUGAUCAAGGCCAAAUUACCACAAGUAUAAGUGCUGAAGUCAUGGACAAACAACGGCAAACAGAACGUGAAAAACGGCGAAAAGCAAAAACUCUUAAAAAAGAAAAAUUACGUAGUGAUCAAGAACGAAAAUUGCGUGAAGAAAAAGAAGAAAAUGAACGAAAACAGUUUGUAUCCUUAACAGAUGCUGAAAAGAAAACAUUAGCUGUGCGACAAAAUUUUGAAAACAAAUCAUCUCCCCAAACAAUCACCACAACAACUGAGCCAAAUCUAAUUCAUUUGAGUCGAUGUUGGCAAUGUGGCACAGUGAUUUCGAAAGACCCAUUUGAGUAUUAUGAUUAUAAAUUUUGUUCUAUACAAUGUUUAAAAGCGCACAGGACUAAAAGUAAAACGAAGGUUUAA